AUGGAUCUUGGUAUGAGGAGGACGAGGUCGAGGACGCUUUCCCUAGAUCCUACAACAAACCUCACUCGCGACAUUACGCACGGUUCUGGCCAUGCCGACCAAAACUAUGAGGACUGGGGGGUACGGUCUACAGUGGAAAAUUAUGUUGGCCGAGACCAAAAGUCCGGAUAUCCAAAACGCGAGCUAGGUGUCACUUGGCAAGGUCUUACUGUCCAGGUCGCGAGUUCCGAUACAGCCGUCCACGAAAACAUCGUUUCACAGUUUGACGUCUUCAAACGAAUCACGGAAUACCGCAAAAAGCCACCUCUUCGAGCCAUUCUUGAUAAUAGCCAUGGCUGUGUCAAGCCGGGGGAGAUGCUUCUUGUUCUUGGACGACCCGGCUCGGGUUGCACCACUCUGCUCAGGCAGUUGAGCAAUCAGAGGCACGGCUAUACGGACGUGUCUGGCAGCGUGUAUUACGGCAGCCUGUCUGUCCAAGAUGCAGGGAAAUACCGCGGCCAAAUCAUCAUGAAUACUGAAGACGAGCUCUUCUUCCCAACUUUGACGGUAGAGCAGACGAUGGAUUUUGCAACUCGGCUAAAAGUACCUUUUCGGCUUCCAGAAGGCAUUAGUACGCAAGAAGAGAUACGGCUGGAAACACGCGAGUUCUUACUAAGAUGUUUGGGAAUUGAGCGUACCAGGAAUACUAAAGUCGGCAGCGAAUAUGUUCGUGGCAUUUCAGGCGGCGAAAGAAAGCGAGUGUCCAUCAUUGAGACCUUAGCCACAAAAGGAUCGGUCUUCUGCUGGGAUAACUCGACGCGGGGCCUCGAUGCUAGUUCAGCACUUGAAUACAUCAAAGUUCUCCGUGCUAUUGGCGAUAUCACCGGGAUAGCCUCCAUUGUUACGCUGUACCAAGCUGGAAAUGGUAUAUACGGGCUCUUCGAUAAGGUGCUUGUCCUUGACGGCGGGAAGCAGAUCUUCUAUGGCCCUAGGCGUGAGGCCGCCCCUUUUAUGGAAGCGCUCGGCUUCAUCUGUCAGGAUGGUGCGAAUAUUGCCGAUUUUCUCACCAGUGUGACAGCCCCAGCAGAGAGAAAGACCCAGGCCAACAAAUCGUUUCCGACAAGUGCAGAGGAGAUCCGGAAGCAGUACGAAGCAUCGCCCAUCUAUGAAAGCAUGGUAACUGAAUACGACUAUCCGCAAACUACCGAAGCCUUGGAAAAAACCCAUCUGUUUGUUGAAACUGUCAAACUUGAAAAGGAUGGCUCCUUGGGGAGAAGUAAUCCAAUGACCGUAUCCUUCACUGCACAGCUCAUGGCCUGUAUCAGAAGGCAGUAUCAAAUCCUUUGGGGCGAUAAGGUGACAGUGGUCAUUAGGCAGGCUGUCAACCUCAUCCAGGCAUUUAUAUCAGGAUCCCUUUUCUACAAUGCACCUGAUGAUUCAUCUGGUGUCUUCUUGAAAACCGGCGCUUGUUUCCUUGCCCUACUGUUCAACAUCCUCAUGUCAAUGUCCGAAGUUACUAGCUCUUUCAGUGGCCGGCCAAUUCUUAUAAAGCAUAAAUCGUUUGCUUUCUUUCACCCAGCUGCAUUCUGUCUUGCACAGAUCGCUGUUGAUAUACCUAUACUUCUCGGCCAGAUCUCGGCAUUUUCUUGCAUGACUGCUAUAUUUCGAGCUAUCGGUGCAUCUUUCCAGACCUUCGACGCAGCAUCCAAGGUAUCAGGUCUUACCUUGCUCGUAGCAGCUAUGUAUGCAGGAUAUAUGAUCCCCAAAACUGACAUGCACCCAUGGUUUGAGUGGCUGUUCUGGAUCAAUCCAAUAGGGUACGGCUUGGAGGCACUCUUGGCCAACGAAUUCCACGGUAGGACGAUUCGGUGUGUAAACAAUAACUUGAUACCGAACGGCCCGGGCUUUCAAGAGGAGCAUCAGUCAUGUGCCGGCAUUGGUGGUGCUUGGCCAGGCCAAACGUUUGUGAAAGGGGACGACUACCUUGCAUCCCUAACAUACAGCCACGGCCAUAUCUGGAGAAACGUUGGCAUUCUUUGGGCCUUUUGGGGACUCUUUUGUGUCCUCACUAUUGUGGCCACCAUGUAUUGGAAGUCGCCUUCGGAUGGUCGACCCAGUCUAGUCACACCUCGUGAGCUCGUUUCUAGAGCUUCAGUGCCUCACCGGGUCGACGAAGAAGCACAAACGUCAGAAGCGCCAACCCUUCCCAGUAAUACCCCUUCUACGUCGGAGAAGUACGAAGCCGAUAAUAGUCAGACAGGCUUAAUCCGCAACACCAGCAUAUUUACUUGGAAGAAUCUCACCUAUACAGUCAAGACGCCAUCAGGUGACCGCGUUCUACUAGACAACGUCCAGGGUUGGGUUCAACCGGGCGUAUUAACAGCUUUGAUGGGUUCUUCCGGCGCGGGUAAAACGACCUUACUCGACGUCCUAGCCCAAAGGAAGACUGAAGGCACUAUCAGGGGAUCCAUCACGGUUGACGGUUGCCCGUUGCCUAUUUCUUUCCAGCGAUGUGCUGGUUAUUGCGAACAGCUUGAUGUGCAUGAGCCUUACGCAACAGUGCGUGAGGCACUAGAAUUCAGUGCUUUACUCCGUCAGGACCGCAAGAUACCAUACAAGGAGAAGCUGAGAUAUGUUGAUGUCAUUAUCGAUCUCCUUGAGCUGCACGAUAUCGCAGAUAGGCUCAUCGGCAAUAUUGGAAAUGGCUUGAAUGUGGAGCAGCGAAAACGAGUCACUAUAGGCGUCGAGCUGGUGUCAAAGCCCAGUAUUCUCACCUUUCUCGAUGAACCUACGUCUGGUCUUGAUGGGCAGUCGGCAUACAGUACUGUGCGGUUCUUGCGAAGGCUUGCCGCCGCAGGACAAGCAAUCCUCGUCACAAUCCAUCAACCCUCAGCCCAACUUUUUGGCCAGUUUGACAGGCUACUGCUGCUCACCACAGGCGGCAAGACAGUUUACUUUGGGGAUAUUGGUAAUCAAGCACAGGUUGUGAAGAGCUAUUUCGAGCGGAAUGGCGCCCCAUGCCCGGUCAAGGCUAACCCUGCCGAGCAUAUCAUUGACGUUGUCUCUGGAGCACAGUCUCAGGGCAAGGAUUGGAGCCAGGUGUGGCUCUCUUCGGGAGAGUAUGAGGUGAUGUCAAAAGACCUAGAACAUCUCAUAUCAACAGCUGCCUCUCACUCAGCGAGUCUUCUCGACGAUGGCUACGAGUUUGCAGUACCUCUUUGGGAGCAGAUUAGACUUGUAUCAAAGCGGAUGAGUAUUUCACUCUGCCGCAAUACAGGCUAUGUCAACAAUAAGUUUAUCCUCCACAUUUUUGCUGCCUUGCUUAACGGUUUCAGCUUCUGGAAGAUAGGGAACUCCUACGGUGAUUUGCAACUGUACAUGUUUACUAUUUUCAUGUUCAUCUUUGUAGCGCCAGGGGUCAUUGCCCAGCUUCAACCGCUCUUCAUCAGCCGCCGUGAUGUCUUUGAGGCACGCGAGAAGAAGUCAAAAAUAUACUCAUGGGUUGCUUUUGUUACUGGACUUAUUAUCUCAGAGGUUCCUUACCUUGUUAUCUGCGCUGUUUUAUAUUUCAUCUGCUGGUACUAUGCAGCUGGUCUCCCCUCCGAUACAUCUCGUUCCGGCUCUAUCUUUUUUGUAAUGCUUAUGUACGAGUUCCUCUACACAGGCAUUGGGCAGUUCAUUGCAGCAUACGCACCCAAUGAUGUUUCAGCGUCCUUGGUCAACCCGUUACUCAUUGGCAUAUUGGUUUCUUUCUGCGGCGUGCUCACGCCGUACGACCAAAUCCCAACGUUCUGGCGCCACUGGAUCUACUGGCUCAACCCCUUCAACUAUCUCAUGGGGAGCAUGCUCGUCUUUUCCUUUUGGGGGAGGGAUAUUGAAUGCAGCCAAGCCGAACUCGCCGUCUUCAAUCCCCCGAACGGGUUAACCUGCGGCGAAUAUCUCGGUGAAUACCUUGCUUCACCAUACGGUGUACUGAACAAUUUGACCAAUCCCAGUUCCCUCAGUGACUGCAAAGUGUGUCCUCUGACACGCGGUGAGGACUUUCUUUACACACUGAAUCUGGAGACAUACCACUACGGAUGGCGGUACGCUGCAAUUGUUGUUAUAUUUGUUCUCAGCUCAUACGGCCUAGUCUACCUCUUGAUGAAGCUGAGAUCCAAGACGUCAAAGACAGCGCAGUAA